GCCCCCUGGGGCCCGGGCCCGGGCCCGGCCUGCCCACCCCAGCAGGUGCUCUUCAAUGAGCGAAGGACCGCAAAUCGGGCCGGCAGCGAGGCGAGGCGAUGGAGAAUAAGUGCCUAGAGAGCUCCCCGUCCGACCUGAAGUUAGUCGCGCACCCGAGGGCGAAGAGCAAGGUGUGGAAGUACUUCGGGUUCGACACCAACGCGGAAGGAUGCAUCCUGCAGUGGAAGAAGAUCUACUGCCGGAUCUGCAUGGCCCAGAUCGCCUAUUCGGGGAACACAUCCAACCUCUCCUACCACCUGGAGAAGAACCACCCGGAUGAGUUCUGCGAGUUCGUCAAGAGCAACACGGAGCAGAUGAGGGAGGCCUUCGCCACGGCCUUCUCCAAGCUGAAGCCCGAGGGGUCCCAGCCGGGGGGCCCGGACCCGCUGGCGGCCAAGCCCGGCCCCGGCUACGAGAACAAGAAGCACCAGGAGCUGACCGCGGCCGUGGCGGGCCUGAUCUGCGAGGGCAUGUACCCGGCCUCCGUCGUGGACGAGCCCACCUUCAAGGCGCUGCUGAAGGCGGCGGACCCCCGCUACGAGCUGCCCGGCCGCAAGUACUUCUGCACCAAGGCCAUCCCGGAGAGGUACGGCGCGCUGCGCGAGGCGGUGCUCAAGGAGCUGGCGGACGUGCCCUGGUGCGGCAUCUCCACGGACGCCUGGCGGAGCGAGAACCAGAACCGGGCCUACGUGACUCUGGCGGUCCACUUCCUCCAGGGCGGGCCCGGGGGCGGGCUGGCGCUGGCCUCGCGCUGCCUCAAGACCUUCGAGGUGCCCGAGGAGAACACGGCGGAGACCAUCACCCGCGUCCUCUACGAGGCCUUCGUCGAGUGGGGGGUCCACGGCAAGGUGUUCGGGGCCACGACGGACCACGGCAAGGACGUGGCCAAGGCCUGCUCGCUGCUGGACGUGCCCGUCCAGCUGCCGUGCCUGGGCCGGACGUUCGACGCCGGCAUCCAGCAGGCCUUCCGGCUGCCCAAGCUGGGCGGGCUCCUGACCCGCUGCCGGAGGCUGGUGGAGUACUUCCAGCAGUCGGCCGUGGCCACCUACGUGCUGAGCGAGAAGCAGAAGCGGCAGGGCGGCCCGCACUGCAUGCUGGUCAGCGACCGGGUGGCCCGGUGGGGGAACACGCUGGCCAUGCUCCAGCGGCUCCGGGAGCAGCAGUUCGUCAUCGCCGCCGUCCUGGUGGAGGACAGCAACAGCCACCACCUGAUGCUGGAGGCCAGCGAGUGGGCCGCCAUCGAGGGGCUGGCGGAGCUCCUGCACCCCUUCAGGCAGGUGGCCGACAUGCUGGCCGCCUGCCGCUUCCCCACCAUCAGCAUGGUCAAGCCCCUGCUGCACAUGCUGCUCAACACCACCCUCGGCGUCAAGGACAACGACCCCAAGGAGGUCAGCAUGGCCAAGGAGGUCAUCGCCAAGGAGCUGGCCGCCACCUACCAGGACGCCCCCGAGAUCGACAUGUUCCUCAACGUGGCCACCUUCCUGGACCCCCGCUACAAGAAGCUCCCCUUCCUGUCGGCCUUCGAGCGGCAGCAGGUGGAGAGCCGCGUGGUGGAGGAGGCCAAGGGCCUCUUGGACCGGGUCCGGGACCCCGCCUUCGGGCCCGAGGACAAGCCCUUCCCGCCGUCCGAGGAGCCGCCGGCCAAGCGGGUCCCCGUCUCCGCCACCCCGCCCCCGACCAGCGCCAUCAACGACCUGCUGGCGGAGAUCUUCUGCCAGGCCGGCGGCGCCGAGGACCAGGAGGAGUGGCACGCCCAGGUCGUCGAGGAGCUCAGCAACUUCAAGUCCCAGAAGGUCCUGGGCCUGAGCGAAGACCCGCUCAAGUGGUGGUCGGACCGCCUGGCCCUCUUCCCCGUCCUGCCCAAGGUCCUGCAGAAGUACUGGUGCGUCCCGGCCACCCGGGUCUUCCCCGAGCGCCUCUUCGGCUCCUCGGCCAACGUGGUCAGCGCCAAGAGGAACCGCCUGGCCCCGGCCCACGUGGACGAGCAGGUCUUCCUCUACGAGAACACGCGCAGCGCCGCCGAGGCCGAGCCCGAGGACGAGGACGAGGGGGAGUGGGGCUUGGAGCAGGACCACAUCUACACGCUCGGGGACCCGGUCGGCGGGAGCGGCGGCUUCUUUAACAUCAGGGACGGCGGGUUCAUCUGACCCCGGGUGGGGAGGCGGGGGACGGCGGGUGGGGAGAAGGGACCCGGCCCCUCCACCCCGGCUCGCCGCGCCGAGGGGCGGACGGAGGCGACCCCGACCGGUCGCCUUCUCCAGACCGGAGAGGGACGUCCGCCUUCCGGAAGCGGAGAGGCGGACCGCUUCACCGGUGAGACCGGAGCGGGUCCGGCGGAGUGUGUUCUCCGCGUCUGGACUCGCUUCGCUCCUCCUCAAACAAACGAACAAAAAAAAAGCACCCGCUUCUGUGUCCCCACUUGAGGAUUUUACAUGCUCAGCCACCCAACCAAAGCAGAAUCGGGGUGGGUGCUCUGUUUUAAAACAUUUACACUCCCCUGCGGAUACGUUUUUUUUUGCCUUUCUGUUUUAAACUCAGUUUUGCUUUUUUUAAACUGGGAUGGCGCGGGAAGAGCGGAGAGCAGAUCGAGUCCUCCCUUUGGCAGAGGGGAAUAAAAGUCUCUGCUGGGGCUUCUUCUUCAGUUUUUUUGCCUUUCUGUUUUAAACUCAGUUUUGCUUUCUUUAAACUGGGACGGCGCGGGAAGAGCGGAGAGCAGAUCGAGUCCUUCCUUUGGCAGAGGGGAAUAAAAGUCUCUGCUGGGGCUUCUUCUUCAGGUGUAAUAUUUGUCUUUUUCCUAUGUAAGUACAGAAAGAGGUUUACUUUUUAAUUUAAGCAGGCGCUCUGGCCGGGACCCUCAGAACCUUUCGGGGCGAAAUAGCCUUUAAAGGAGGCCAGGUGAAAGUUUAGGGUCACGGGGCAAAUACGAGGUAGAAGCACUUGAAACAAAAGGAACGAAGCAUGAGGCGGUUGGCACCGGCGCCCUCCGGGAGCCCGUUUCUCCAUCCCCUGCUCAAGAUUCCGGUUGCGGAGGUCUUAGCUGUCCACUGUUCCCGAGCGUAUUUCCGAGUCGGGUAUACACGGGCCGCGGUGGGCCAAAGACCGAAGCUUUCACCUUCCGAACUAGUCCCGGUGAUUUUCCUUCAGCCGGAAUGAUUCCCCCUUGUCUCUUCCAAGCUAUCGUCCUUUAAAAAACCGGUCUGCGGCCUGCCCGCCUUCCGACUCGUUCCCCUAAAGUAGCGGGAUCCCCGUGGGACAUUUUGGGAUUUUAACAGAGGGAGAAGAUGUACUCUUUUCUCUGCCUUCUGGUUCUCCACCACACCCCGCUGUCCAUUUAGAAAAUCAAAAAAAAGUCUCGAGGAGUCGACUCUUUGGGACCGUUCAGAUUGACGUCUACCGUUCGGCCCAGCGCGAGAUUCCAGCCCGUUAUUUGAUCGCGGGGAUUCUGGCCGUCGUUCCGGGGGUCUGGGAAAUUAGGGCCUUUCCCUCGUCGGAUUCACCCCGGUGACUUUUUCCAGUGAUGCGUUCAGCAGUCCGAGUCGGGAUGGGUGAACUCUCUUACCAUCGAUCGUCCGUGUAGAAAACGAGGGAUGAGGCCUCACUCCUUCCCGGGAUGGGUAGAGGAACGGGACGAGGGAGGUGUUGACCAUAGGAGAGAGAUCCACGGAAGCGACUGGGAUUCUCCCGGGCCUUUCAGAGGCCGGGAUGUGGGCCGACGUCAACAGAGAGGCCUAUCCCACCCGACCGGGGUAUGUAGAUUUAGUUUCCGACCUUCAUUUGCUCACGUAUACUCUGAGAUACUUCUCGGGUUUUCGGGGGGAGAGCGUGGGCCCUUCAACUGCCUCUUUCGCCGUCCCAACCCUGGAAACCGUGCCAAGUGCAACUGUAAUUUGAGCUCCGUGGUGUUAACCGGUAGCGGUGCCGUGCGCUGUUCUCUGUCCCUCGAGACCUGAGAAUUUUUGCAAUCCUCCAUGAGACUGUAAAGCGUUCUGAUGUUCCACAGCUCAGUGUCUUUAUUUUUCAAAGCCGUUUUUGUCCGUCCGUAAUGUUUUUUCUUAUUUAAUUGUUUUAAGCUUUGACUAUCGUUAAAUAAACCAGAGUAAUAAAUUAGCUACCUAUUUAUUUGUCA